GAGAAGAGAUUUGAUUCCCACACUUUCGUGUUGGCAAAGGAAGGAUACUCAUCUGGGAGACACUACUGGGAAGUAGAUGUCGGCACAAGAAGAAGCUGGGCCUUGGGUAUUGCCCGGGAAUCUGUGACUCGCAAAGGGACAUUGACUCUGUCCCCUAAGUAUGGCUUCUGGGUCAUAGGGUUUGCAGAUGGGCGAGAGUGUUGGGCCCACACGGAUCCCUGGAUCCGUUUGAGUGUGAGUGGGAAGCUGCAAAAGAUUGGGAUCUUCCUGGACGUCUCAGCCAAGCAGCUGUCAUUUUACAAUGUCCAUAAGAAAACAGCUCUGUACACUUUCACCUUGGGAG